ACCCAAUCGUCACAUUCAAUUUCUCUUCCGUUUUUCUUAUCUUUAACAACAAACUAAACCGUACCAAUAUUCCAAUUCGUCAUUCUUUUUUUUCUGCAUUUACUUGCUUUCCUUCUGCCGGUUAGCUGUACUCUAACACUCAUUUUUUAUUCUUUCACUUUUUUGCGUCGGCACCGGCAUUUCGCUCCUUUCUCCCCGCCAAAUCGUAUUCACCGCAUGCUUUUUUCCAAUUGAGCGCGAUACCCCGAAUUCGAAAGGAAAAUUAUAGGAAAACAAAAUGCGCUUCUCAACUAUUCUCUCGGCAGCCGUAGCUACGGGCCCUAUUGUGGCGUCUGCCGCAGGACAACUGGGUUUCGCCCUGGGUAACAAGAAGGCGGACGGAUCUUGCAAGGAGGCGAGCGACUAUGUAGCUGACUUCGCUGCUCUGACGAAGGAGACAACCUCUAAGGUCGUCCGCAUCUAUGCUGCUUCCGACUGCGACGUCGCGAAGCUGAUCCUACCUGCUGCUAAGACAGCUGGUUUCAAGGUCGUUUUGGGCAUCUGGCCCGACACCGACGAAUCUUACAAGUCUGACAAGGCCGCCGUCGUCGAAUUCGCGCCCAAGUACAAGGACCAGGUCUACGCUAUCACCGUCGGCUCGGAGGCCAUGUACCGCGGCAACCUGACGGGACAGGAGCUGGUGUCCAAGAUCCAGGACGUCAAGUCGGCCGUGGGCAAGGGGUUCAAGGUGGGCACGGCGGACUCGUGGAACAAGUUCGCGGACGGGACGGGGGACGCGCUCGCGCAGUCGGGCAGCGUGGACAUCCUGCUGUGCAACGCCUUCUCGUACUGGCAGGGGCAGGUGCUGUCGAACGCGACGGGCUCGUUCUACGAUGACAUCUUCCAGGCGUUCGGACACAUCCAGGAGAAGGCGGGAAGCACGGACAAGAUCGAGCUCUGGGUCGGCGAGACCGGCUGGCCCACCGGCGGCGACAAGUACCAGAACGCCCAGCCCGGCGUUAAGCCCGCCUCCACCUUCUACAGCCAGGCCGUCUGCGGCAUGGUCGACUGGGGCUUCAACGUCUUCUUCUUCGAGGCCUUCGACGAGGCCUGGAAGCCCAAGGCCAUCGGCGACGACGGCUCCGUCGCCGACGAGACCUCUUGGGGCGCCAUGACCGCCGACCGGAAGGCCAAGUACAGCCUCAAGUGCUAAAAAACCCCCCGCUUCCCUUGUCCUGUUCUGCUAGUAGUUUGCUGGGGAUGCGAGAA